AUGCCAUUGCACUCUGGGCCGUCUUCUAUCUCCUCCUCCAGAACCCGACUGGCCGUCCUGAAAGAGCCCAUGCGGCUGCAUCCCUCAAUCGGACUUAUCCUGGAACGCGAGGUACCCAAGGGAGGAGUAACCAUCUGCGACAAACACAUACUGAGCGGAACGAUCGUCGGCAUCAACGCAUGGGUCCUGCACCGGGAUGCCAGGGUCUACCCCGACCCGGACUCGUUUGUUCCCGAGCGCUGA